AUGGCUUAUUCUACAGAUUCUGAUUCUGAUUUUGUAUCAACAGUUGUUCCAACUAAAAAUACAAAAAAGAAGAAAAGACUUGAAAAGAAAAAAAGACACUAUGUUUCAGAUUCUUCAUCUUCACAGUCAGACACAUCAGAGUCAGAGACAUCCACAACAGAGAGUGAUGAAUAUGAUGAUGAAUCUGAUGAAGAAAUCUAUGUAAAAAAGAGAACCGGUGAUAGAAAAUAUGUUAAAGGAGUGACAAAGAUUAAAGAAGCAAAAAGGAAGAUGAAUAGUGGGGACAAUCGUGCAGCAAUAAAGAAGCAAAAAACCGUGAAAGAGCAAAAGACUGUGAAAGAUAUAUUGAAGGAGUUGCCUUCAAUAAACAUUAGAUUAACACCUGGAUUGAUGACAGAUGCUGUAAGUUAUUUGACAUCAGAACAAAAAGAUUGGGUGAAACGGAUGGGAUUUAAAGCAUUUUUAAAGAUCAACAUUAAGAGUAUUCCCUUAAAACUUUGCCAUUUUGUGCUUGAGCAUUAUGAUGAAGGCACAAACAGUAUUCUGAUUAAAGGAAAAAGAAUAAAGAUCAAAAAGGAAAAAAUUCAUAAAGUGUUUGGUCUACCCAGAACUGGAAAAAGCUUAUUUGACUUGGACAUGGUUAGCGAAGAUCAUCAAGUGUUUGAUGGAUUGAUGAAGGAACUUGAAGGUGGAAAGGCACAUGCAACAAACUACAAGAAGAUUAUUCAAAAAUCCGAACAAGUGGAUAUGAAUUUCAAGCUGGGUUUCAUAGCUUUAUUUGUUAAUACGUUUGCAGAAUCCAUUCCUAUGGGGACAAACAACUUAGUUCCAGUUAGAGCACUUAUUGAAGUAGAUGACAUUUCUAAAAUCAAUUGGUGUGCGUAUUUGUUGUACUGUGUGAAAAAUUCAAAAGGGAGAUGGUGUCCAGACAACCCCAAGUGUUAUUACAGAGGCCCGAUGUUGUUGUUAUUGCUAAUUUACUGUGAUGAAAUUGAAUGCAAGCUCCAAAAAAUAGAAUGUAAAACACCAUUAGUUACGAUGUGGACAACAGAUAAGUUGAAGGAAAGACAAUAUUUUGAGAUUGAAGCUGGUGGAUUUGGGGUUGGAAAUCUAAUUAAACAAAGUUCAAAUUUAGAACGUGAGAAGAAUGAGAAUCAGGACACACGUAUUGUGGUAUAUUCUAAGUAG